GCUUUGCCUGCGCAUGCUCAGACGUAUGCUGUUACAUGUAGCGUUUCCUGUUUGAUGAUUUUCCAGUGGCAAAGAUGGUAAAAGUGAACGGAAUGAAAUCUUGGAAUUGUGGAGCGAGUUGGCCUGGCUAACAAGCUGAUGCCUUAGAGGCAGUAGGGCAGGUUUCCUGUGGAUGAAUUUCUUUGGUUGAUUGGUUUUAACCGCAUAUAUUUUCCUCCAGUGAUCACGACGGUUCUUUUAAGUUCCGUCGUUUUUGCAUUUGUGGAGGACCUCGAUGACACAUUCAAAGACAAGAGAAUGGAUGAUGUCUGGCUGGUGGAUUUUUUUGCUCCCUGGUGUGGAUACUGUAAGAAGCUGGAACCAAUCUGGUAUGAGGUAGGAGCUGAGCUAAAGAACUCUGGAUCACCAGUCCGAGUGGGAAAGAUGGAUGCCACUGCAUACUCUGGCAUGGCUUCUGAGUUUGGAGUACGAGGUUAUCCGACAAUAAAACUACUAAAGGGGGAACUUGCUUACAAUUAUAAAGGACCCAGGACCAAAGAUGACAUCAUAGAGUUUGCCAACAGAGUGGCUGGGCCUACUGUGCGGUCACUCCCGAGCAGACAGAUGUUUGAGCAUGUCUUGAAGAGGCACAAUGUGCUAUUCAUGUACAUAGGGGGAGAGUCACCACUCAAGGAGCAUUACAUAGACGUGGCUUCUGAACUAAUUGUUUACACCUACUUUUUCUCUGCCUCUGAGGACAUCAUACCUGAGCAGUAUGUGAUGAUGUCUGAACUGCCCUCUGUGAUUGUAUUUAAGGAUGGGACCCAUUUCACUUAUGAUGAGUAUGAAGAUGGCAGCUUGGCAUCAUGGGUGAACAGAGAACGUUUCCAAAGUUACCUGCAGAUUGAUGGCUUCACACUGUAUGAGUUGGGGGAGACUGGUAAAUUAGUAGCAAUUGCUGUCAUUGAUGAUAAGAUUUCACCAGAGAAAAGCUUGAGAUUAAAGACUCUCAUACAGAGAGUUUCAAGAGAGUACAGGGAUGACUUCUACAGGGAUUUCCAGUUUGGUCAUAUGGAUGGUAAUGACUACAUCAAUAGCUUCAUCAUGGGUGAGGUAGCUGUGCCAUCUUUCGUUGUUCUCAACACAUCUAAUGAGCAAUACUUCCUGCCCAGCGAGCCAAUUGAGAGGCUUGAACAACUGAUCACCUUCAUUAAGAGUGUUCUGGAGGGCACAGCUCAGGCUUACGGAGGGGACGGAUUUUUCCAGAGACUCAAGCGUGUGGUCUAUGAUGCCAGAUCCACCAUCAUGUCUGUUUUCCGCAGUUCUCCAGUGCUGGCCUGUUUUCUCUUUGGCUUGCCAUUAGGUGUCAUUAGCCUGAUGUGCUAUGGCAUAUGCACAGCUGAGUCAGACGAUGAUACAGACCUAAUAAAGCGAGAAGGACAAACAGAUGAGGAUGAGGAGGAAAUAGAUGUGAGGCACAUGGCUGCACAGCUCAAGGGCCCAAGAGAGGAUGAUGAGGUAGAAAAAGAGCAAGUUGAAAAGAGUGAAGCAGAUAAAAAGCUUGAUUAACACAGGGGAGGUGCAUGGAUGCAAACAAAGAUAACAAUGCAGACAUUCUGAAACUGAGUACAUUUUAAUCACUCCUGAUCUCUGACUUACUGCUGUAUUGUUUUAAAAGAGAUUUAUAUAUCUUUGUUUGUCGUUGAAAAUUAUACGGUCAGGAAAUGUGUGUGUAUAUAUAAGUUGUAUCAUUGAGGUCACAUGAAUUCAAAUUGAUUGUCUUUUCUGUUGAGGCAAGAAGAGGGCUAAAAAAAGGAUUUUGCUUAGCAAAUUGUAAAAGUCCCCCUUCAUCAUUCAUUCUGUUUUAGGUUCUUUGACAUUUUGUUUUAGUCCAGGAUCCAUCUAUCAAAUUGUUUUUGAGCACUCUUUGGUGCACUACUGUGGCUAGAUCUUGAAUAAGUAUGAGAUUUGAACACACAAAGAAUCAGGAUAGGACUUUUUCCCUGCUAAAAACAAAACACAAUGUAAUAAUGUUAAAAAGCUUUAAAAGCAGCAACAUUUGAUAGUUUUUUUUUAAGCAAUUGUCAUGAUGUAAUUAUCAUCCAUGCAUGGUUUCUGUGUGUGUGGUAAAAAAUGAGGCGAGAGACUGGUUGAUAUGCAAGGUGUACUGACUUGAUGUUACAUAUGAAGUACAACAAAUGAAUGGGGCCUUUACAUACAGACUUAGCUUAUAUGGUCAACAUGCAAACAGAUAUCUUUCAAGCUAGUUGUAAGGAUGUAAUAGGAUGCAUCUCCCUUGUACUAAAUUUUCUACUCUCAAAAUUUUGUAUUACCAUUGCCACUAAAUUACAUUUUUUGCAAGCUUGUAUAAGCCAUUCAAAUUAAUUGCACUUUUCUCACAGGAAAUGUUGUAUAUGGUUUGGGCAGCAGUUAAUGCUCAAAGCCUUUUUUGUGACUUUUAAAUUUGAUAAAGAUGUCUUCACAUAUUCAAGAAGGUUAAUCAAGCUCUUCCCAUCUGUGAAUGUGUUUAGUCUAUAUCUGUCUGUUCUGAAUGCCUGUAGGUUAUGCAAAUGUCAAUGCACUGCAUUAAAAUUAGAUUUACUGUAUGCACUGAACACACUGGGAAUAUGAAGUAUGGAUUCAUUUAAAGCCAAUCUAUAUUCAUCAUUAAA